UUGGAACCCUGGUUAGAAACUGAGGGCACCACUCAUAAAAAACAAGUCAACGAGAACUCUUCCGUGCGGGGCUGCGGAGAAAAUGGGGCGAAUGAUUCUCGGGAGCUGCCACAGUCCCGGCUCUAGAAGGUCUAAGCGUCGUCGCUCCCUCGGACUCCACGCUCACGUCGUUAAGGAAACCAGCCAUUAAGCGUCUCUGCCACCAGUUGCUCCGGGUUGAGGUGGAGUCCAACCAGUCGCAUUUUGGAGGUCGGAGAAUAGCCCAGCCGCCCAGAGAGAAAGCGAGGGCGCAGAAGGAAGGAAAGGCCGGGCUGGGAUUGGAUCACAUCCCAAGGGUAGCGAAACUAAUCUCGCGUGUCCAGCCCCUCCUUCUGCAGGACAAAUUCGCUAUGGGAAUUCGCGUCGACCCUCUUUAAAGAUCUGGGUCUCCCCUUUCGCAAGCGCGGCGCCCCCCAGUGUUCGCGGAGCUGCAGUAUUAAGAAACUGAUAACGGUUGAUGUUUCAUCUGACAUCUUCCUGGUGGUUGCUGGGUUAUACAUACUUUAUGGUACACUCCUGCUUUAUCAUCACCUAGGUUUCCGGGGUUGGUAAGAGGAAGCUUCAAAGAGUAUUAUAUCUAAGUGGAAGGUGCUUGUAGAACAGCAUCGGACAGAGAUUCCUGUGAAGAAAACAAACUCCUGAAGAUCCACAAAGGUUUUCUAACUUGUCCUAGGACUUGGGAUUGUGCUGCCUAUUCACCCUCUGAAGAUGCCUCUUCAAAACCUCACACAGCCCACCUAUCACCAACCACCCAGUAACUUGCAUGCUGAUUUACAAGGCUUGUUCAAGAUGGUGCACGGUUACUUGGGGAUUGUACAACCCAACAGUUUCCCCAAAGAUCUCCUGACAUACGUGGUCAAGCAUCAAGAUUUUCAAAAUCAGACAGUGUAUAAAGAGAUGCUCAAGUAUGAGGCAGGCUUCCUGGUUUGUACUGUCAUUGGUCUUCUGUUCAUUGUCCUUGUGCCACUAGUGGGCUUGUAUUUCUGUUGCUGCCGCUAUUGUGGACACUGUGGAGGUUUCAUGUACCAGAAGCAGAAGAAACAUACUGCCUGCAAGAGACGGACUUUUUUUUGCUUUCUGCUGGGUAUCACUGCUGUUCUUCUGGCUGGAGAUAUAUGUGCGUAUGUCAGCAACCAACGAAUAUCCCAGGGUCUAGGGAGAGGUUUUGUCAUUUUCAACAAUACAGUGAGCAACCUGAAUGUUUAUAUGAAUUCUAUACCUCAGGAAAUAAAUGAAAUUGUCAGCGCUAGUAAAGUACCAUUGACGGAGGUCAAUGAUAGCUUGUUGAAUAUUGGCAAUACCUUGGGGAGCAAGAUUAAGGAUGAACUAGGUGGACGAGCAAAUAAAGUAUUAGACACAACUGAGCAGCUUCUUCAAGACAUUCAGCACAUAGACCAGGAACUCCAGAAAGUCAACCAGACUGGUGGUCGCUUGCAGAAAAUGCAACAGGAGCUGAAUAAAAAUCUGACUGACCUGAGAACGGAGAUCAAUGGCACUCUGAAAGAAUGUGGCAGCCCAUGUGGGGAAGUGUCCAUAGAGAACCUGAUACCUGAGGCCAAUUUUGAUACGAUUCCUGAUGUCAAUGAUCCACUUAAGUUGAUAUCUAAUCUGACAAGUUUAAAUCUCAACAGUACUCUAAUAGAGGCAAGAAAUUUCAUUAAAGAAAUACCACAGAAAGUCUCUAAUCAAACCAAAAAGGAGGUGUCUGAGAUACAAGAUCUACUUUACGAUAUCAAGAAUGAAAUUAAUGCAAUCAGUGAUAAGUUGCACAAGCAGAUCUCACUGAAGGACAUCUCUGCAUUCAUGGAAAAUAUUGUCAAGGAGGCAAAUUACUACAAGCCACUUGUGGUCUCAUAUGAUGGCUACAGGUGGGGUGUUGGCGUCUGCCUUUGCUGCCUGCUGCUUGUAAUAAUUGCAUUCAAUGUGUUGGGCCUUUUGCUUGGUGGUCUUGGGCUAGAUCCAAAUGGAAUGCAAUGGCCUACCAAACGGGGCUGCCUCUCCAACACUGGUGGAAACUUCUUUAUGGCGAGUGUUGGAUUCAGCUUUAUAUUUUCAUGGUUGCUGAUGUUGCUGGUUCUAGUACUAUUUUUAGUUGGGGGCAAUUCAUACACAUUGCUGUGCCGGCCUUGGGCCAAUGGAGUGAUCCUUCAGUACCUGGACACACCUGGGUUGUUCCCUGAAUUAAAUGUGAAAAAGCUCAUGAAUUUGAACGGUUCUGAUGUAAACCUGACCAGCAUAUACAAGAGUUGUGAAGAAAAUGCACCCUUGUGGAGUACCUUUCACCUAGAUGAGAUUGUCUCUUUGAAUGACACCUUCAACAUCAGCAAGUACACUCAAGACAUUGAUUCAACCUUGGAUAAAAUAAAAAUCAAUGUUGGAACUAUUGAACUCCUGGAGGAUGAGCAAAAACGCAGCUUGCUGAAACUGAGUGCAAAAGAUGGGCCUCUGAAUGUGGAUUUUAACAGUACCCUUGAACAACUUAACCAAAAUCUGACCAAACAGGACCUGAAUAUCUUGGCUAAUAAGUUGGAAGGAGUGGCAAACAGCACAACCGAUGAUACAAAAAGAAAUUUGAAACGUCAAGCUAAUGAGCUGAAGGAGAUCCAAAAGUGGAUAAACCUCAAAUUUCCUCCAGAAAUUGAUGCCUUGAAGAGAAGUGUCCAGAGCUUGCAGAAAUCUACACCUCAAAUUCCAAAUCUGAUAAACCUCACACUGUCAGAAAUAAAUGAGACCAAUUCAUUUAUAAAGGACCACACGGAGGAAGUUAUAAAAAAGGAGACCAAGACUUUUAUAUUGAACACAGUGAAUUAUUUUUCCUCCUAUGUGACAUGGGUUAAGCAUUUUAUCAUACGAGAAUUUGGUCGCUGUGGUCCUGUAGCCUGGGCACUGGAUAGCAUGAAUACCGUUGUCUGCAAUUACCUUGUUGAUUCUUUGAAUGCCUUCUGGUUCUGUCUGGCCUGGUGCACAAUCUUUCUGUUGCCAAGUAUCAUCUUGGCGGUGCGGCUUGCCAAGUUUUAUCGUCGAAUGAAUGUCGAUGACAUCUAUCAGGAUGAGAUUAUGGAAAACUUUGAACUGUCAAGGCAAAGCAUGUUCAAAAUGCCCCGGGCUGAGCUGAAGAAAUAACAUUUCCUUUUUCAACAUUCCAUCUCUGAGCAGCUAUGAACGCAACAAACAAUGGUCAAGAUAAUUAUUGGGUUUCUCUUGACAUUGUGCAGUGUGUGGAUCUUUGCCACAUUUUUUUCCUGAACAAGUUUGUAAGAUGGCAACCACUUUUCCUCUACAAGAGACUACUGUGCCACAAGCCCUGUGACAGAGAAGUAUAGUUUGGCUGCGCUCAGUCUAUGAAGAGGGUUACACUCUAGAGAUUAAGCUUGCAGUCUUUAUACUGUCCAUUUUACAGGAAAAAGCCCUGAUAUUCAAAGGGUUAUAUAGUGAUAUCACUACAUUCUACUGAAUUACUAUACAGACCCCAAUAUAUAGCAGAACAUUUUUACAGUAAUUCUUUUGACCCUCAACAGAUUUAGAAAUCUUUGUUAAAUUAAGCUGAAUUGCAAAUAGUGCCUUGCUGGAUCAAUACCUACUCUAUACCUAAAGGUUGAUACUCUGGAAGAGAAAGCAAAUAUGUGCCAUAAUGAAAUAUUACUGAGCAGUUCUGUAUCAGGAAGAACGAAUUGCCUUAAAUUUUAUCAAGAGCACUUUCUAGAUUUUGUCUUGUGCUUCAGUAUAUCAUUGCAAUCUAGUCAUGUAUGUUGCUCUUUUUCCCCCUUCCACACAUUACUUGAUUUGCAUAUUUUGGGCAUUUAUCCUCUCCCCAAUAUUAUACCCAAUAAUGUUGAACCAUGAAUUUAUUUUGUCAAACACGUGAUACUCAAGAGAAUGGGGGAAUUUUUCUUAUGAGGUGAAUAGACGUAGUAAUAUUUAUUAAGACAUUAGUAAUAGAAAUGAAUUUAUUUAGAUAAAUGCAAAAUGAAGAUGACUCCAAUAAUGAAAAGUUGAUACAAUAACCAUUUGGAAGAGGAACAUGAGGAUUUCCUUUCAGAUUAGUCUUGCCUGAUCUGUGACACUCCAGAUAUGUGACAUAAUUCCUAGUCAGCAUUGGAAAUUUGAAGUUUAGGGAAGGACUGGACUAGUAGUAGGAAAUACAGGUAGUCCUCAACUUACAACAAUUCACUUAAUGACCAUUGAAAGUAACAAAGAAAAAGGCACUGAAAAAAGUGACAUGACUAUUUUUUCACACUUAUGACCAAUUCAGUAUCUCCAUGGUCACAUGAUCAAAAUUCAGACACUUGGCAACUGAUUCAUAUUUAUGACAAUUGCAGUAUCAUGGGGUCAUGUGAUUAGCUUUUGUGACCAGACAAGCAAAAUGAAUGGGGAAACCAGAUUCAUUUAACAAUUGUGUUAGUACCUUAACAACUGCAGUGAUUCACUUAACAAGAAAAGUCAUAAAAUGGGGCAAAAUUCACUUAACACCUGUCUCACUUAGCAACAGAAAAUUUGGACUCAAUUGUGGCUGUUAAGGACUACCUGUAGUGUUUUUAAUGAGUUAUAGACCUAAUUCAAAGUAUAGCACAUAAAUUAAUUGCUGGUCUGCACAUAAAUUAAUUGCUGGUCUGAAUGUAACAGUACAAAUAUUUUACUUCAAAGUAUUAAAUAUUAGGAUAGUAGGAAUCAUUUGUUACUUGACUUUCUAUUGUUCAAUUUGCAUAUAAAACUUUUAAAGAAACUCAUUUGGAUUUAUAAUAAAUCAGAUUCUCAGCUCAGUAGCAGAAACCUUUUUAUGUGCUUUCCACCUUUUUGCACUACAUUUUUCUUGCUCCAGAAACAGCAAUAGCAAAAUUAUUUUUCCGUCUUCUGGUUCUAAAUUAGCUUUUAGAAGAAUGCGUGAAGGGUGACUUAAGGCAACAGUAAGAAAUGAAAUCCUUAUUAAUCAAGAAAAAAUGUAAAUUUACAUAAAAUGUAACAUUUUCUUAGGGGUCAGGGAGUGGCUCAUAUUUCCAAAUUUUCACAGCAACAAACUUGCAAUCAUAGUAGGAUGUAUAUAUUCUCACUUUUAUUCACUCACUGCUAGGAUAUCAUUAAGUGACCUUCCCCUAGCAAAUUAUCCACAACUCCAUUUUUCUUUCUAAGGGGUUUAUGAAAACCUACAAUAUAUGGGAAGCAAUUCAAGAUGAUUAUUAUGCUAUCACUUAGCCUAAGUCAGGAAUUGUUCCUAGCAAUUGUUCUGUCUUAUUUAAGUCUUAUUUCCACAAAGUUUGAUAAAGAUUCAGUUGCCUGGAUUACAUGAUUUCUAUUAUACAUGUUAUUUGAUUCUAUGAAGGAGCAGGACUGAAAAAGACUAGAGU